AUGAACAGCACAUGUAUUGAAGAACAGCACGACCUGGAACACUAUCUGUUUCCAACUGUCUACAUCUUUGUGAUUUUUGUCAGCAUCCCAGCCAAUAUCGGGUCUCUCUGUGUGUCCUUUCUGCAAGCCAAGAAGGAGAACGAGCUGGGAAUUUACCUCUUCAGCUUAUCACUGUCUGAUUUGCUGUACGCCUUAACCCUCCCUCUGUGGAUUGAUUACACUUGGAAUAAAGACAACUGGACUUUCUCGCCUGCCUUGUGCAAAGGGAGUGCCUUCUGCAUGUACAUGAACUUCUACAGCAGCACGGGCUUCCUCACCUGCAUUGCUGUUGAUCGGUACUUAGCCGUCGUCUACCCUUUGAGAUUCUCUUUUCUCAGGACCAGAAGAUUCGCCUUCAUGGUCAGCCUCUCUAUCUGGGUGUUGGAAUCUAUCUUUAAUGCUGUCAUUUUGUGGGAGGAUGAAACAACCAUUGAAUACUGUGAUGCCAGACGGUCUAAUUUCACCUUAUGCUAUGACAAGUACCCUCUGGAGAAGUGGCAGAUCAACCUCAACCUGUUCAGGACCUGCACGGGCUACGCGGUACCCUUGGUCAUCAUCGCGAUUUGCAACCAGAAAGUCUAUCAAGCUGUCAGGCACAAUCAAGCCACAGAAAGCCGUGAAAAGACAAGGAUCAUUAAACUGCUGGUUAGCAUCACCCUGACCUUCAUCCUCUGUUUCACUCCCUUUCAUGUGAUGCUGCUGGUCCGCUGCAUCUUAGAGCGCAACAUGAAUUUGGAGGACAAGUCCGGGAGGCAGACGUACACCAUGUACAGAAUCUCCGUGGCCCUGACGAGUCUCAACUGUGUGGCGGACCCGAUUCUGUACUGCUUUGUAACCGAAACAGGGAGGUCCGACAUGUGGAGCAUACUGAAAUUCUGUACUGGGAUCUGCAACAAAUCCCCAAAGCAAAGGAACUGCACCCUUUCCAUGUCUACAAAAGACACUAUGGAGCUAGAGGUCCUGGAAUAG